AUGAACGGCCAGCCAAUCCCAGGCUACUUCUGGGACGCAGAGAAGAAGAAAUACUUCAGGAUCCAAAACCAAACUGCAGCCCAAGGAUCAAAUCUCAAAUAUUUCUCAGCAAAUAUCAAGAAGACGGAGCGAAAAGAGCGCAUUCAGAAUGUGGCACUUGCACGAUCGAACAAGCUCAAAAAGGAGCGGGUCGUCAGACGCAACCCGAACAGCUUCGCCCAGACAAACAUCGAUAGAGAGAUAGGCCUCGGAAGACGGUCACGCUAUAUUCACGGUCUUUGGCCUGACGCAUGCGCAGCCGGCAUUCAAGAACGUCCCGAAAAGGUGCUACCUCCAUGUGGACUCCGACUCUUUGCCAAAGACCCAGUACAUCACACGAUAUACACAGUCCAAGUCUCCUCGUUGUCCUUUCUACCAGCAACCGGCGCGCUUGCGGUGACGACGUAUGGGUCUGAUCGACCGCCAGAAGUAUGGCUCAGCGACCCGGGACGCGAUGAUCCUGGAGGUGCCUGGGACUCUCAAGCUGUAAUCAAGUCACUUGAAUCUGAUCUUCUGGCCUUGGAGUGGAUAUCGUAUAGUACUGUCGCGCUCGGCUGUCGAGACGGAACUAUCCGACUAUACGACACAAGAUCAGGGGGCUCAAGUCACGUCUUGACACAUCCCGCGCCCAUCUCAAAGCUCAAGCGUGCCGACGACGAGACUAGAUUGAUAUGCUCUGGGCUUAACGACACGCUUUUCCUAUACGACAUUCGCGCACCCCGCUUAUCUCGAAACUCAUCGCGAAAGACGUUCAAUUACGACAACCAUCACUACAAUGAAGAGUACUUCAAGACCUUAUACCCCACUCAUCGCGAUAAUCACAAACGCCGCAAGCUCAACCACAAAGCUUUCAAGAAUUGGUCGCAGCCAGUUAUGACUUUCGCCCACCUGAACAGAGACGAGCUAGAACUGGACAUCGAUGUAUACCCAAGACUCGGACUUCUAGCAGCAGCUCAAGACACAACGGAAGGUACAGUGAUCCGGAUCAGCAACAUCUGGACGGGUAAAUCUGUUAAGGAGAUUGAUCCAGGCAGCACGCACCAGGCCAAAAUCCGCGCACUCAAAUUCAUUGAAAGCGGCUUUGACGGCAAUGUUGACCUUUGGUCGUGUUGGGGUGGUGGGAUCGCGAAAUUUGGGUGGUCACACAGUAGGGGCCUUUAG